UUGACUGAGGCCAUCAAUAUAUUUCGCGAAUCACUUCGGUUAAUACAGCAUGACCAUCCCCGGCGCCAUCUACAUCUUCACAAUUUGAGCUCGGCAUUCUGCUCUUGUUUCAUGGAAACUCAAAAGAAUGAGGAUAUCGAGGAAGCCAUUCAACUCUGCCAAGAACCAUUGGCAGCUUUGCCUCCGCAGCACCCAGAUAGAUAUUACGACUGGCUGUGA